AUGACCAUCCGUGCAAGAGCUGGUGCUCGGGUCAAGGAGUGCUCUGGGGAAUUCGAGGUUGCCAACUUUCCCGUUACUUGUGCCACGACCAAGACGGUGUCUGAGGGCAAGCAGGAUUGCAGAGAAAUUGUAUCUGGGCCGAUUCUAGUUGCCAAACAGUACACCUUUGGCAUUGCAGUGGCAUGGUCAGUCAAGCCAGAUGGUACUGUGGAGGAGAGCAAGAACCUGGGUGUCCAUGUGAAGCGUUUGGAUGACAAUCCAGAGGAGUGCAACAUUUCCCUGGAAAUCACCAUCCUGAAUCGGCUCAAGAACUUUCACAUGACUCUGUGUGAUCCUACAUAUCAUGGGAUUUCGAGUCAAAAGGCCCGGGGAUGGUCACGAUCCUUCGACAUGCCUGAUAGUCGGCGCCAUGAUGGUGUCAAGGGCUUACCUUUGUCCGACGUCUUUGACCACCAGGCAGGCUGGCUUCAUAAUGGGCCUUUACGAGUGGUGGCCAAGCUGUCUGUUGUAGUCAGCUUCGACUCUGGGGUUGUAUCUUCCAACGAGGCAAGCGGUCAGCAAGAAGUUUGCCAGUCGCUUCAGGCUUUGCUACAAAGUGGAUCCAUGGCAGAUGUUGCACUCAAGGUUGGCAGUGAAGAAAUCCAAGCUCAUUCAAUUAUUCUUGGCGCUCGAUCUCCUGUCUUUGAACGCAUGUUUUCUUGUCCAAUGAAAGAGAAGAAGGACAAGGAAGUUCACAUACAGGAUUUAGAGGCUGCUCCAGUCAAAGCAUUAGUGAAAUAUCUCUACACUGGAGUCGUGGAUCAGACCUCACUGGACAACGACAAUCUUGCACUAAGUCUACUUGAGGCUGCUCACCGCUACGAAGUGCCUGGUCUGGUUGAGCGCUGUGUCCAGGUGAUUGUCACGCGCUUCAAAGUGGAGACCGUGGCUGAACGUUUGGAGAUGGCAGAUAUGAUUGGAAGCAAGUAUUUCAAGGCUCAAUGCUUGGAAUAUAUCCAGGCACAUUUGGUAGACGUUCAGGCAACCGAUGCCUACACACGCUUAGUGGAGCGCCGUCCGGCUUUGCUGCGAGACAUCAUUGAGGUAGUGGCACCACCUUCAAAGAAGCAGCGGCGCUUGAAGGGCGGUGCUUCCAAGUGA